AUGGUCGCCACCUCGUCCGUUUCCCUGGACAGUACUCUCGAUCCUUUACCUCCAGUCUUGCGGCACGGUUUGGUCACGGUCGCAUUCUUCGGCAUCUUGUCACUCAUUUCCAGUGUCGCUCUCUUCACGUUCCUCACAUAUCGACUGUGUUUGUGGUACCAUCAGGGUCAACUGCGAGAUGGGGCCAAUCAAUUUCUGCUCCUCAUCUAUAAUCUAGUUUUGGCGGAUAUUCAACAAGCGAUGGCGUUCGCACUGACCUCAGUAUAUCUUUCGCAAGACAAGAUCGUGGUUGGGACCACGACCUGCUGGGCGAACGGCUGGUUUGUGUCGACUGGCGACUUGGCGUCCGGAGUCUUCAUCUUCGCCAUUGCGUUGCAUACAUAUCUCGCCGUGGUGAGCGGGCGCCGUCUCAGCAAUAAGGUGCUCUACGGUGGAAUCGCUUGCUCGUGGAUAUUCAUCUACUUGAUGGCUGUUAUUGGCGUUGGCCUGGAUCCCAAGCUCUACCAACGGGCUGGCGCGUGGUGCUGGAUCAACAAAAAGCUCGACAGAGAACGAUUGUGGCUCCACUACUUCUGGAUUUUCAUCUGCAUGUUCGGUACCGUGCUCACAUAUAUUCUCAUAUUUCUCUCCAUCAGAGCGAAGUCUCGAGUUCGCCCCCAUGUCGAUUUCACGGAUGACGACGGAAGUGAUCCCGCCGUGAUGAAACGAGCGGCGAAGUGCAAGGAUGGCAAGCAUGACGGAAUGACCAUCCCGUACUGGUGGUUUUGCCUUGCCGGUGCUGCCAUCACCUCCUGUGGGUGGCUUGACGUCCUUCUUUACGCUGUGACACGACAUGUCCUCAUAUUCAGGCCGGGUCCGCCCCCACCCCAAGCCCUGGGCUUGGAUACUUUUGGCUGGAAGGAUGUCGGGGACAGCUUUGGGGGGAUGCGAACGACUAUUACCGGCCCAUUGGGGGAUCCAAACACCCGCAGACGUGGCAAGCGAGACUUUUCUGGGCGAAAGACACCACGCCCAAUAUCGCGGCAAUCAGACGAAGCUCACUUUGCGGGCCAGCCUGAGGGGAUCAUCACAGCCAAAACCACGAUUGAAGUGCGAUCGGGCCCUAUAUUCAACUACGCUGACUCGGAAAUCAGUCCUGUAGAGAUGGAGGACAACUCGGAUCGGACUCAUUCUCAUUCCCAUAUUAAUGAGCGAUGCAUUGAAGGCGCGCAAAUUGGGUUGGAUAGCACAUGA